AUGAGAUUGACGGAUUUCCUCGCAGCCGCCGGCACCCUGCCGUUCGUCUCGGCCGUGCCGUCGUGGCUCCCGGUCAUCAGCCGUCGACAGGCCGGCUCGACGAUCACCGUGGACCUGUCCAAGACGUACCAGACCAUCGACGGGUUCGGGUGCUCCUUUGCGUUCCAGCGCGCGAACCUGAUCACCAACAUGGCGGACAAGGUCAAGCAGCGCGAGCUGCUCGACCUGCUCUUCAACGCGACCAGCGGCGCAGGGCUCACCAUCAUCCGCAACGGCAUCGGGUCCAGCCCCGACAGCAGCUCCGACCACAUGAACACGUUUGCGCCCAAGGACCCCGGCGGCCCCGACGCCGCGCCCCAGUAUGCGUGGGAUGGUAAGGAUUCCGGGCAGCUGUGGCUCUCGAAGGUGGCGUACGAUACGUAUGGCGUGCGCCAGAUCUACGGCGAUGCUUGGAGCGCUCCCGGGUAUAUGAAGACGAAUGGGAAUGAGAAUAAUGGCGGCACGCUGUGCGGUGUUCCCGGGACGAGCUGCCGCACGGGCGAUUGGAGGAAGGCGUAUGCGGACUACCUGGUCCAAUACGUCAAGUUCUACGCCGAAGAGGGCGUUCCCGUUACUCGCAUCGGCUUCCUCAACGAGCCCGAGUUCUCGCCGGGCUACGCGGGGAUGAACUCAAACGGGCAGCAGGCGGCGGACUUCAUCAAGAUCCUGCACUCGGCGCUGGAGGCGGCGAACCUCACGUCGCAGGUCGGCAUCGGGUGCUGCGAGUCGGAGGGCUGGGGCAACCAGGUGAACAUGGUGAACGCGAUCAAGUCGGCGGGCGCCGAGGACCUGUUGGCAAUGGUCACGUCGCACUCGUACACGGGCGGGCCGAGCUCGCCUAUGAAUACUCGCGCGCUCGUGAGCUACAACGUGUCGGGGUACGUGUACUGGGAGGGGGUGCAGUGGCCGUCGCCCAACACCAACGAGAAGCUGGUCCGCGUCGACCAGGCCAGCCCCUACAGCUACGAGGUCUCGAAGCGGCUGUGGGCCUUCGCGAACUGGUCGCGCUUCGUGCGCCCCGGAGCCGUGCGCGUCGCCAGCUCCGCCGGCUCCGGCGUCAGGACCGCCGCGUUCCGGAACGCCGAUGGCAGCGUGGCGGUCGUCGCGAUCAGCACGGGGGCCGCGGCGAGCGCUGUCUCGGUCGAGGUCGUGGGCGUGGAGAGCGUGGAGGGCGCUACCGGCUGGGUCACGGACCAGACGCAUAACUGCGAGGCGAUAGCGGUCACGACGGCUGGUGGGGCGGUCGCGGGGAGCGUGGCGGCGAGGUCGAUCACGACGUUCCAUAUCCCUGCGCCGCCGCCUGCGGAGAGGAGGCGGGGUGUGCUUGGUUGGAGGUUCGUGUAGAUGUUCCUACCGCUACCUAUGUAGGUGCCUAGUGUUAUAAAAGGGCGAGGACGCCCUUCGAGGUUAUCUACCUAAGUAGGUAUCUAGGUUAGUAUCUAACCUAAAUAGCCAAGGCAAUUUUCUAUAAGCACCAAGAAUCUUAUCAAGAUGUGCUUCUUUGUUUUGCUUGCUUAAUCGUAGAGAAUGAUAGGCC